AGUCGAGACGUCGCGCACCUGCCGCGGCGGCCACCACCAAAUCACCAAUCCAUUUCGCGCACGACCACGGCGCCAUGCCGCUCCUCGCCCGAGAACUGCCGCUCCACCACUCCCAACCUCUCCACCCAGCCACCGCCCGGCUCGUUCCGCGCUCGUCGUUGGCGGGCAAACCCCGCCGCCGCGUUCCCGCAUCCUCCCGUGCCCGCGUCCGCGUCCGCGCCUCCAAUUCCGACCCUCCGCAGCAGCAGGUCAACCUCUCCGUCCUCCGCUUCACUCUCGGGAUCCCGGGGCUGGACGAGUCGUACCUCCCGCGGUGGAUAGGCCUCGGCUUCGGCGCGCUCGUCGUCCUCAACCACCUUCUCUCCCCGUCCCCCACGCCCGCGCAGCUCAGGUCCGAGGCUCUGGGGCUGUGCCUGGCCGCGUUCUCGGCGACGCUGCCGUUCCUCGGGAGGUUCCUAGAGGGCGCUGAUGCUGCCAGCCGUGUGCCGUUGCCCGAGGGGAGCAGGCAGUUGUUCGUAAUGUCUGAGAACCUGUCAGCGGCACAGAAGGAGGACGUGGCCUGGGCGUCUUACGUCCUGCUGCGGAACACAAACACCACAUCUGUGCUCAUAGCAAUUGGGGAUGUGUUUUGUGUACGAGGAUUCUGGGAUCCACCUGCAAAUACUUCAAAAUAUGCCAUAAUUGAGUGGUUCAAAAGUCAGAUGCAGCAAGUAGGACUUGUUGAUUUGAGGGAUAAUUUGUACUUUCCUAAUUCUUCGGAUUCUCAGCUUGCGAAGAUUCUACCAGAUGGGGUUCUUUCUGUGUUUGUUCAACCAGUUCUUAGGAGUCCUGAUCUACCUAAUGGUGAAACAAAAACUGAAGGUGUCAUCCUGUUAGCCUCCAAUGCAAAUUAUGCAUAUACUGAGAAAGAUAGGGUCUGGAUAAGAACAGUUGCUAACAAAUUUCAAAGUGCCUAGUUCAGAGAUACCUAAGUGCUGAAGGUUUAGCCGAACCAUAUAUUAAGACGAAAGAUGGACCCAACCUUUGAUACGUAUAUAUGUGCUAGCUCCUGCAAGCAGUGGUAGAAUCAAUCCUCUUUCCUUAGAUAGAAUGUGAAUUAGAAUGCUUCAUGGGUCAUAUUAGCGCAAAAUUAUUUUCUAACUGAAGCUAAGAAAAAUAAUCUGAAUAGGGUUCACAAUUGAAUAAGAAAUUCAUAGUUGUGUUAUAUUAUAUCAGGUCGCAGAAAUUGUCCCUCAAAUAAAUCAUCAUAAAAUACUUGGAGGUGGAUACGAAAGGGUAUGAGGCAGUAGUAUGAAGAUAGAUCCAAAAACUUGGAGUAACUUUUUUUCACUGCAUUACUUGGUCCCAUAUCUUCCUUUUAAGUACCUGACCAAAUCUUGAAAUCUCCAUGGCACCUUUUGAUGUCCUGUUGCAUAUGUAUUAAGCAUGUAGUUGGUGCAUGUCUCCUGGUACUGCUUGGUGGGUACCAAUUAUUGCUGUUGGUACUGGCAUACUUCUGAAUAAUUCUUUUGGCAUUUUGUACUACAACUCUGCAAGGAUAAUAGUAGAAGUGGUAAUGCCAGCUGCUGCUUGAACUGAGAUGAACUAAGGAUUUACACUCUGAACAUGGAUUCACUUGUCAAGCGUUGGUGUAGUAGAAUGGUGCUGUGGUAGCAUUUUUCUGAGGACAAUUAAGGCAUGAAUUCUUUUCAUAAUCAGAUACUGAUCUGUUUGAUAGUGUUGGCGUAAGCGAGUAGGGAUUUUAAGACAUUAAGGAAAGAAAUACCGAUUAACAAUAUUUUAGAUGCUAUCAGUGCUGUUACUUUGUGAUGGAACUUCUUUGUGGACACAAACAAUCCUGGUUUGGAACCUCCAUCUGUAUCAUGUGCCGCUGUAGUCGUAUUCAGCUAUUGCCUGGUUUGGAGUUCGGGGAGAGCUCAUUAUUGGCACUCGUAUCUUUUGUGAGUGUAAAAUAGCACUU